AUUCAAGAAAGCAAUAAACCUUUCUUCAUAUUAUUCUUCUUUUCUAUUUUCUAACAUGGUAUCAGAGCUAUAAGCUCUUGAUUUUUUUCUCUUAUCAUCGCUAUUGGGUUUUUUGGAGUUGGGUUUUCAAUUCCAUUCCAGAUCUGAACUUUGUCGUUGGGAUCUCUUCUCCUAUAGAUUAGAUUGUUUAUCCUUGAUUCUCAGGCCCUUUCUGAGGUGUUUUGUUGGUUUGUUGGUUUGUUAUUUCAAUCUUGGCAUAUAUUUCUUCAUAUUUUUAGAGUUUUUCAGUAUUGUGAGUAAACUGAUUCUAUGGCGAGUUUUGAAAGGAUUGUAACUCAUUCUGCUACUGCUAUGGUUGCCAAAGAAGUGAUAGAACAACCUAAUGUCAACCUUGAAUCCCUAAAACAGGUGAUAUUAAAUCUUCUUAAUGCUCUUACUGCCUUAUCUACUACUCCGUGUACCAAACCUUGGACCCACAAACAGGAUAACUUCUUAGAACUGGUCACAAGACACAUCCUCAAUUUUGUUUGUGCUCUGCUUAUUUCAUCUUCUUGUCCAGAGCAAUUUUGGGGUGAAGCUGCUCUUAUAGCUGUUUAUCUUAUUAAUCGCAUUCCAUCAUCAAUCCUUAAUAACAAGUCUCCAUACGAGCGUCUACAUGGUACAUCUGAUGAGCUCUACAAUGCCUCACCACGUGCUCCAACUAGUUCUGUAGAAGAUGAUCUGCUUGCUGGUAAUGCAUUAGAUAAUUUUGAGCCUUCUUUUACUUCCUCGUCUAUAUCACCUGUUGAUUCUACAAAUGAGCUUGUUGUCCCAUCCUUGAGUCAUUCUACUCGGAUCAAAACACAAUCUGAUGGUUCUGUGGAGCGUUAUAAGGCACGCUUGGUUGCCAAGGGUUUUACACAGGAGUAUGGAAUUGACUAUGAGGAGACAUUUGCUCCAGUUGCUCGUCUUACAUCUGUGCAUAGUUUGCUUGCUAUCGUUGCUUUGUGGAGAUGGAAAUUGUUUCAGAUGGAUGUGAAAAAUGCUUUUCUUAAUGGUGACCUAGAAGAAGAAGUUUAUAUGAAACCACCUCCUUGGCUCAACCAUCCUCCAAACAAGACUGCUCGGGGUGUGGUUCUUUUACUUCUUUAUGUUGAUGACAUGAUUAUUACUGGAGAUGAUGUCGCAAGUGUUGAGGAGUUAAAACAAUCUCUCAGUCAGAAAUUUAAGAUGAAAGAUCUUGGUGUUCUACGCUAUUUUUUGGGGCUUGAAGUGACCUCUUCAGAUGAUGGCUACCUGCUUUUUCAAGUAAAGUAUGCCUCUGAUCUUAUUUCUAAAGCUGAACUCAAUGAUGGUAAAAGUGUUUCUACACCUCUUGAACCUAAUCUCAAGCUUACACCUAUGGAUGGCUUUCACUUUCUGAUCUCACUUGCUAUCAGCAAUUGUCAGUUUAUGACUGAUCCUCACUCCACUCAUUAUGCAGUAGUACUUUGCAUUAUUCGCUAUGUUAAGGGAACAUUAUGUCAUGGACUCCAUUUUUCUGCCAACUCCUCCCCUGUGCUUCGCACUUACUCUGAUGCUGAUUGGGUUGGUGAUCUUUUGGAUCGUAGAUCUACCACCAGUUAUUGUCUUUUCCUUGAACUUCUUUCAUUACGGUGGCUUCUUGAAGAUAUGGGCAUUCCUCAACCUUCUUCUACUGAUUUAUAUUGUGAUAAUCAAAGUGCUAUGCAGAUUGCUCAUAAUGAUGUCUUUCAUGAAUGCACUAAACACAUUGAGGAGUCAUAUAUCCGGACCCAAGGAGAUCCUUACUUUGAUGGUCUGCUAAGACUUGAUGGAGUAGAUGUCGGUUCUGUUGCUUCAGCUAUCAUUUAUGCCUUCUACUUGAAUAGAACACUUGAAAAUGAUGAGUUCUUCACUGUUCCUAUCAUCAACAUGCAUCGAGCAGAGUUGAGUUCACAUGCUGAACUAAUAUGGUUGCUUGAUUCAUGUCAAAUAGAUCAGUCAUCCUUAAUCUAUUUUGAUGAAGUGUUCAUCACAAUUCUAAUGGGCUCCAAGAAUACUCAAACCAAACUUAUAGGCCCAAUUUUGCAUUUGUUUCUUUACAUUAUGGCACCAACCAAUUUAAUGGAUAUGUUGCAAUGGGUCAUGGAGGAGGUCGAGGACAUCAUGGAGCUCGAGGAUGAAAAAAUAAUUGGAAUUCCUCCAAGAGCCGGUACCACCUUGUUUCAGGCUUGUCCUCAAGCAGCAACUCCUAGUGCGGCCUCCUCAAAAAUUAAUCAAGUAUGCUCCCUUAACUCUUCCUCUAUUUCUCCCUUGGCCCAUGACCUUACCUCUUCACCCAUUCUAUUACCUGCCCACAACUCCACACUCUCACAAAUCCAACAUUAUCCUCCCUUUAGGUCAAUUGCCCAGCCAUCUCCAAACUCCAAGCCUAACACAAACUUCGUGUCUCCUCAGCCUCCUUCCACUUUGCCCUCAUCUCCUAGUGCAAGCUCAUCGCUUAUGCCCACCCAUGCCACCUUUAUUUCUCCCCCUUUCGACUCCACUGUCGACUCACCUCCAACCCCACACCAACCUCUUGGUAUUUGGGACUUAGUUCCCUCUAGUGAUCAUCAAAAUGUCAUUGGCAGAGACAUGGCUGAGGCUAAACCGGUUUCCUCCCCUAUAGCUACUACAGCUCUUCAGUUGCACCAAGGUCUCAAACUCUCAAAUCCUUCUUCCUGUCGGCGCCUUGUUGGCUCUUUGCAAUAUCUUAAUCUCACUCGACCGAACAUUACCUUUGCUGUCAAUCGUCUCUCCCAGUUCCUUCAUGCUCCAUUUGAUGUCCAUAUGCAGGCAGCCAAGCGUAUACUCCGCUAUCUCAAAGGGUCUGUCUUUCAUGGGCUUUUACUCCACCGGCAACCUCUGUCUCCUCUUCAUGCUUUUUCUGAUUCUGAUUGGGCCGGUGACAAGGAUACUCUUCAUUCAACUGAGGCCGAGAAUCGUGCUUUAGCUGCUGCUUUCUCUGAGGUCAUUUGGGUCUGUAAUCUUAUCCGCGAACUGGGUCAUCCUGUCUCCUACCCGCCUGCACUAUGCUGUGAUAAUAUUGGCGCCACUCAUCUUAGUAGCUAUCCAAUAAUGCAUACCCGCAUAAAGCACAUUGCCAUCGAUCUUCAUUUUGUUUGUGAAUUAGUGGAUUGAAAGCUGUUACAGCUUGCUGGCAUCCUGUAAGACACUGGAAACCUUUCAAGCCCUCACUGUACGUCCAAAGAUAAAUACAUGGCUACAUUGUUGAUCAAUGGUGCUGGUCGUUUUGGAAGCAAUGGUUUUUACCAGAUUGGUGAGUUUUGUUUUCUUGUUCUGCAUCACUUCUCUAUGUAUUUUGCUUCUUGCUCCCAUCCACCUCCAUCUCAGAGAAAUCCUUGUUUUCUUAUGGUGUGAUUUUCUAUACCGGAAAGCUAACACCUUGUAACUACACUUAUUUAUGAUUUGCAGUGAGAUAUAAAAUGCAUGAUGUCUU